UGCCACUGUCCAACUCCAUCCAAGAGAAAGCUGAGAAGAUGGUCAGGGCCUGGGCAUGGAUGCUGUUCCUGGGGGUGGCCACAGCGGCCCCUUCUCCACAGAUGCCCACCAGCUAUGACCAGGCUGUGGCCGCCGCUGUGGACACCUACAACCAGCAGCAAAAGCCGGAGUACAUCUUCCGCCUCCUGGAAGCCGAGCCUCAGCCGGAUUGGCAAUCCUCUGGAGAGAUCACCCAGCCUUUGAAAUUCUCCAUCAAGGAGACCGAGUGCCGCGCCACAGAGAAGUCGGACAUCACCCAGUGCAACUACAAGGAUAAUGGGCUGGACAGGGACUGCUCCGGCUUCUACUCCACUCAGCAAAGCCCACCGGCCAUCAUUGUCCAGUGCGAAGACGUGGACCAAGAGCUGAGUCGGAUCACCCGCGGACGCUGGGGACGGUUCUGGGGGAAAGCCAAGAGCUUUGUGAAGAAGCAUGGCGUGAGCAUUGCCUUAGGACCCCACAAGCAAAGGCCAGCCCCAGAGCAUAUAAGGCCCAGAGAGCGGCUUCUUUUUAGGAACACAACCAUGGGCCACUUUUGGGGAGCUCUGUUCCUGCUCAGCCUGGCCACUGCGGUCCCCCUGGAGCCCCCCAGAAACAUCCAGGACGCUCUUCCGCAGGUGGUGGCCAUCUACAACCAAGGCCCCAAGGUCCAGAAUGCUUUCCGGGUUCUGGAAGCAGUGGCUCUACCUGCGCAGAAUUCCAACUCCAUGAUUCUCCAGGAGCUGAACUUUACCAUUCAAGAGACUGUUUGCCCGGCCUCAAAGAAAGUCAAUGCGGAGGAGUGUGACUUCAAGCCUGAUGGGCUGGUGAAAGAUUGUUCUGCAUACUUCUCCACUGAGCAGGAAAACUCCCAGAUUGUCAUCACCUGCAACGCUGCAGCCCAAGAGCCAACCCAGGUCACCAGAUUCCGAUUUCUUGGCAGUGAGAGGAUUCGAAGGCGGAUUUUUAAAUGGGUUACAAAACAACCUAGAAAGAGGAACUGCCUUGGCGAAGGACUGGCCCGGAUGGAGCUCUUCCUAUACCUCACCACCAUCCUGCAGAGCUUCCAGGUCAAGUACCCCCCGGGAGUCACCAAAAUCGACCUCACACCGGACGUCAGUGGCUUCGCAAACAUCCCACGCCAAAUCCCCUUCUGCUUCUCCCCGCGCUAA